UUACCGUCCAAUCUGACGGGAAGAAUAUAAGGGACCGCGUGAUCGCGCGCCGUAUCAUUCAAAUCAUGAAGAGCUUCGUCGUGGUCGUACUUCUGCUCGCGGUCAGCCUUGGCGCCGGCCAAAAUAACAAGGGUUGGUGGAAGAACGCGAUCUUCUAUCAGAUAUAUCCCCGCAGUUUCAUGGAUUCCAAUAAUGACGGCAUCGGGGAUUUGAAAGGUAUUAAGGAUAGGCUUUCACACUUCAUCGAAUCUGGAAUAACAGCGGUAUGGUUAUCACCAAUUAAUAAAAGUCCUAUGGUAGAUUUUGGAUACGAUAUAUCUGAUUUUGAAGAUGUAGAUCCAAUAUUUGGCACUCUACAAGAUCUUAAAGAUCUCAUUGCAGAAGCGAAGAAACAGAAUUUAAAGGUUAUUCUAGAUCUCGUCCCUAAUCAUACUUCUGAUCAGCAUAAAUGGUUCCAACAGAGUAUAAAUCGGACUGCAAAAUAUACAGAUUAUUACAUAUGGGUUAAUGCUACUGUAAACGAUACAGGAAGUCCAAUUAAAGACAAGUAUCCUAAUAACUGGGUUAGUGUAUUCAAUGGUACAGCAUGGACAUUCCACGAGAAGAGGGGACAAUUUUAUUUCCAUCAAUUUUAUAAGCAACAACCAGACUUGAACUACAGAAACCCGGAAGUGAAAAAAGAGAUGGAGAAUAUAAUGAAAUUUUGGUUGGAUAAUGGAAUCGAUGGAUUCCGCAUAGAUGCUAUACCACAUUUAUACGAAGCCGCUAACAUAUCGUUAAAUGAAACACCUUUUGGUGAAAACCUCAAUUUAAGUCUUCACGCUUCUUUCAAUCACACUUUAACGAAAGAUCAACCCGAGACUUAUGAAAUAGUAUCCGAAUGGCGAAAAUUUGUGGACACGUAUGCAAAGGAUAAUAAUCGGGAUGAAAUAGUACUUUUGACAGAGGUCUAUAGUUCUUUAAGCAACACUGUCAAAUAUUACGAAUUCGGUUCAAACGUUCCCUUCAAUUUUAAAUUUAUAACAGAUGCAAAUUCAUCUUCCACGCCAGAACAAUUUAAAACAAUUAUAGACAAUUGGAUAAAAGGAACUCCCAAAAAUAGUGUUCCAAAUUGGGUGAUGGGAAACCAUGAUCGAGUUCGUGUCGGUACACGUUAUCCAGGUAGGGCGGAUCACAUGAUAAUGUUAGAGAUGAUUUUGCCUGGAAUCGCGGUCACGUAUUAUGGAGAAGAAAUCGGUAUGGAGGAUAAUACUACGAUAUUCAAAUAUGAUGUUCGUGAUGGCUGUCGAACACCAUUCCAAUGGGAUAAUUCCAUUAAUGCAGGUUUUAGUAAAGCCAAUGAAAGUACGGUUGAAAAGGAAUGGCUGCCUGCUCAUACAUCAUACAAAAAUGGAUUAAAUUUGGAGCAAGAGAAAAAAGAUUCUAUUUCUCAUUAUCAUCUUUAUACCAACUUGACCGCCUUAAGAAAAAGAGACGUGUUGAGAGAAGGGGAGCUUAUUACACAAGUUUUAAACAAAAAUGUCCUGGCUGUCGUGCGACAAGACAAAAAAGAAGCGGUAUCUCUUUUGAUCAAUUUUUCUAAAAAUAGUACUACCGUGGAUAUAUCAAAACUGGUGAACAAAGAAAAUAAUAAAAUUUAUACAAGCAGUAUAAACUCCAACUUGAUACCAAAUCAAUUUGUGGAUCUGAUGGCCAUCAAAAUUCCUGGAAAUGUAGCUAUAAUUGUAACAUCCGGCGCUACUAUAGUCAAUUAUUCAAUCAUAACUUUCCUAUUUGUAAUGUUCAUAUCUUUUUUCCAGCGGUAAAGAAAAAAUUUAUUGCUUAAAGAAUUUAAUGUAAAAAAAA